GUUUUAUUAUAAAAUUAUUGAGGUCAGUGUUUGUUCGGAUAAUGACAGAGUAAACCAAGAUGAAGUUUGCAGAGCAUUUGGGUGCUCAUAUAACUCCUGAAUGGAGGAAGCAGUACAUUCAGUAUGAGGUGAUGAAGGAGAUGCUUUAUACAGCACAAGAACAGGCCCCAUCUCCUGAUGUUGUUGACCAAAGUGGAAUUCAGAGAUUCCUGGCCAGAUUCGAUGAACGUUUCUUCCAGUUUUGUGACAAAGAGCUGGCAAAAAUCAACACCUUCUUUCUUGAAAAGUUGUCCGAAGCCACCAGAAAGUAUGCCAGUCUGAAGGCCGAUCUAGAGCUGUACAUAGAACACGCCAUGCGGACGCACCAUGCAAACUUCAGUGUGAGUCGCCGGUCGAGUAUCUAUGCCCGGUUCAAGGACAAGGAGAAUGCCGGGGCGGCACACAUUUGUAAGCUGCAUGACCUGAAGCUGGCGUUCAGCGAGUUCUACCUCAGUCUCAUCCUGCUGCAGAACUAUCAGUCGCUGAACUUCACCGGAUUCAGAAAGAUUCUCAAAAAGCAUGAUAAGUUGAUGGCUACUCACAUCGGAACCGAGUGGCGGCAAGCCCACGUGGAGACGGCUCCGUUUUACACCAACAAAGAGGUUGACCAUCUGAUCACUGACACAGAGCACAGCGUGACCUCUGAACUAGAGGGAGGUAAUCGUCAGAAGGCGAUGAAGCGAUUGCGGGUCCCACCUCUAGGUGAUCAACAAAAUCCGUGGACUAAUUUCAAAGUUGGCUUGUUUCUGGGAAUGUUCACCAUUCUGCUCAUUGUGAUCAUUAUUGCAGAUGUAGAGUACGUUAAACAAGCCAUAUUUACUGACGCUACAGAAUCGCUGUACUGGAUACCAGCCUUGAGGAUGUUCCGGGGAUUUUUUCUCAUUAUUUUUAUCCUCUUCUUACUCGGACUUAACACCUAUGGCUGGAGGUCGUCGGGGGUCAACCACGUGUUGAUAUUCGAGAUUGAUCCGAGGCACCAUUUGUCUCACGCGGAACUUUUAGAGCUUGCUUCAUUCAUGGCCGUGGUGUGGGCCGUGUGUGUGCUGGGUUUCCAGUUCAGUCACAAUCUGAUGAUCCAUCGGAUGGUGUUCCCUCUCGUCCUCGCCGUUGGGCUGCUUCUGUUCAUCAUCAAUCCUAUUAAAAUAGCUUAUUAUGGGGCUCGAAUGUGGCUCCUUAAAGUCCUGUUCCGUAUUUUCACCGCACCAUUCCACCACGUUGGAUUUGCAGACUUUUGGCUGGCUGAUCAGCUGAACUCCCUUGUAAUAGUGUUGCUAGAUUUUGAGUAUCUCAUCUGCUACUACUCGUUUGAAGUAGACUGGCUUGGAAGUGACAGGCCUGAUGUUUGUACUAAGAGUAUUUUUGGAAUUCGAGGUGUGGUUGGAUGUCUGCCUGCCUGGUUUCGAUUCGCCCAGUGCUUGAGACGAUACCGAGACACAAAACUCUUAUUUCCACAUGUUGUUAAUGCAGGAAAAUACUCGACAACCUUCUUUGUGAUUCUGUUUUCCACACUGUAUACAGUACAUAAAGAGGUGUAUGGCGACACGUACCGACAGACGAGUGUGUUUUUCUACCUGUGGAUCGUGUCUGCUGUUGUGAGUUCCUGCUACACAUACACCUGGGACAUCAAGAUGGAUUGGGGUUUAUUCGAUAAGAACGCAGGGGAGAAUCGCUUUCUUCGCGAAGAAAUCGUCUAUGCUUAUAAGGCAUACUAUUAUUUUGCGAUAGUGGAGGACUUUGUUUUGAGAUUCUCCUGGUCCAUGUCUGUCUCAGUGGGAGAAAGCUUACUGUUUCACAACGAGAUGUUGACAACUCUGAUGUCAUGUGCAGAAGUCUUCAGGCGGUUUAUAUGGAAUUUUUUCCGACUGGAGAAUGAACACUUAAACAACUGUGGUCAAUUCCGAGCCGUCCGAGAUAUUUCUAUUGGUCCAGUUGAUUCCAACAAUGAGGCUCAACUCAUCGAUUUGAUGGACGAGCCAGAUGGGGUGAAUUCCAGGCAUAUUCAAAACCGCGCUCGAUAUCUUGGAAGUCCUAAGAAAGACUUGCGACUGUGGAUUGACAACGACGAAGAGAAAGUACCUCUGAUGAAGAACAAAAUGAAAGGCUUGUAACGGGUGCUGCCGAUCGGACGCAGCUAACAACAGAUGCACAACGAGUGAUUUCAGUGAGCCCACUGAUCAAAGUAUUACCGUAAUCGGACAUUUGUUUUACUCCUACGCAGAAUUACUAACUUAAGGUGCCAAACCAGACAUCUUGUGAGCCUGAGGGCCAGUGCUUUAUCAAAUAUUUACACACAAAAAGUUAAUGGCAUUUGUAUGGUGCUAGAGUCUAGACUUGAGCUUUGGCUUGAAUCCAGACUUGAAAUUUUGUUAUCACUACAGAGACAGAACAUAUCACAAUGCAGUUGAGUGCGUCGUUCAAUAAAACAUUUCUUUAUAUCACAA